UUCAUCAUUUUGUUAUUGUUGGUGGGGGCGUUACCACCAUUAUGCAACCGGUCAAAGUAAAUCGAAACAUUGGCAGUGUAUUCAUUUACCGGCUGUGUAAUUGUCGAUAAGCGUCCUCCCUGGGAGCUCGUCUAGGCUAAGCCUACUUCUAGUGUUUUGGUUGCAAAUAAUUAUGUGGAAAUAGCAUGAUGUUGUUAUGUUUAUGACGAUGAUGGGCAAACACAUAACCUGAAGAAACUUGAGUUUAAGGGCACUCAUGGGCCCACGCUAACUCGUCCAUUCCACAAGGUAAGCUUGUAGCCGGUUCUGUAGAGAGAUACGUUACUUAUUUCGGAGAAUGGGAUGUUUAAAACAAGUAACCGUGGAACCUGUUCUGUUUCUGUUUAUGACCAGUUUGAUGAUGCAAGUACCGGUCACUCAACUGCUCCUUCUAAAGAAAGUCUGCCUAUCACACCAUGACGAGAGUAUGUGUCAGGAACUCAUUGAACAUCCGCAACUGGAGAACCAGGUGCAGUCAGAGGCAUCGCAUUGGAUCUUAAAGUUAAACUUAGCAAUGAACAUUCCUGGAGCUAUUAUGUCCACCAUUUUAGGAGCGGCAAGUGACAAAGUAGGACGUAGGACUGUUAUUGCAAUUCCCUUGAUUGGCGCGUGUUUAGCCUCCGUUAAUUUCGUGAUCAAUGCCUUUUAUAUGGAUCUGCCUAUACGCUACUUAUUGAUAAGCAGUUUGUCUUUGGGGUUUUGUGGAGGAAUAGGAACAUGUUACGUUGCAUUGGCUAGCUAUAUUACAGAUAUCACCGACAGUUCAAAUAGGACAAAGCGUUUUGGUCUUUUGGAAUCCAUGAUGUUUCUUGGGGGAACAACUGGCUUGUUUCUAGCAGGGUCAAUAGCUCAAAGAAUUGGUAUAUCUGCUGUGUAUGGAUGCUGUUUUUUAUUGAAUUUAACCGCAAUUGGCUACGUUGCAUCUAUACUACCCGAAUCGCUUUCAACAAAACAGAGACUUUCAUCGAAGCUGGAAGACGCAAUGGCUAAACGUCGAGGAUGGAUGUCAGGUUUGGGGUUCAGCGUCUGGGAGAACAUGAAGAAAACGUUUAUGGUUUGUUUCAUGGAGAGAGACAAUAAAAAACGGAAGUGGCUACUAUUACUACAAGUCAUCGCAAUGUUGCAUAUGUUGGCUCUUUCCGGUGAUAUGGAAUUGACUGUGCUAUAUACUAAACACACCCCCCUGAGUUGGUCACCGUUUACCAUUGCAAUAUAUAUGGCUCUUCGCAACAUCACAAGGGCAGUAGUAUUGUUAAUAGCAAUGCCAUUACUCUUCCAUAUCAAGAAUCUAAGAACACAAAACAAUGAUUUUAACCUGACUAUAGUGGGCCUUGUUUCCAAUAUGGUUGGCUAUAUCAUGAUUGCAAUGGCCAAGACAACUUUGGUAAUGAUGCUUGUGCCACUUGUAAGUAGCUUGGCUGGAAUCGCUGGUGCUGUUUUGGGGUCACUCAAGUCAAAGCUUGUGGAGCCAGAUGAAAUGGGAGCGAUGUUUGCCUUCACCUCCCUCAUUGAGACAAUGUGUCAUCUCUGCGGAUCCAUUCUUUUCAACAACUUGUACCCUGUGACCUUGGAGUACAUGCCUGGAUUUUCAUUCCUCAUCAUGGCUGUUCUAAUCUUUAUAAUUCUGUGUAUUGUAAUGUACUUUAAGUGGGAUUAUGAAGACACAAUCUUGUUCUCUAAGGUCAUGACAAAUGGAGAGCAAUCGGAUAACCUUCUCGCUUGCGUUAAUUCUGAUGAGGAAGUUGAAAUGAACGAUAUGAAUCCAAUUGAAGCUCAAGAUUAUGCAGUUACAGAGCCCACGUGAUGAUGUCACACACAGGUACACAGCCCACGUAAUGAUGUCAUACACAGUUACAGAGCCCACGUGAUGAUGUCAUACACAGUUACAGAGCCAUCAUGAUGCCUGACAUAGGGAAAAACUGAAUUUUGAUUUGUUUUGGCAUGCCGACCUACAGCGGCAUCUACGCAAAGUUGAUAAGCAAUGAUGAGCUAUUAGUAACCAAACUGUUGUUUGAAUUUGUAUUAUGUGAUACCUAAAUCAUGUAAAGCAACACAGUGCAGUUGUUUAAAACUGGUGGUAGCUGCUGCAUGUGCGUAGACCCAUGAAAAUCUUUGUCUUCUGUGUGCACUAAUGAUGGAGACCUUUUUUCCCCCGGUUCUACUCUAUCAAGACACUCUGAAAUGCUGGUGAUAGUGCACUAUAUGAAGAGACAAGCUGAUGGGUCCUGAGUUCAAUAUAGCCUAUGUGCGUAUUAACGAAUGCAUAGACUCUUUGAUGAAGAGCAGGGGAAUGGGGGGAAUUGUCUCCAGGCGUACUGAUUUUAUUCAGCACCAAGUGAUGCUGCCAUGGGUCUGUGGGACCUAGCUCACAUUUUCUAAUUACUCAACUGAUAACAAUAAGUUAAUAUAUUAUUAUAAUUGAAUGUAUCAUUCAUAUAUUAAAUAUACCAACCCAGGAUUUUGAGGGGGAAAAAACUAAAUAGAGGGCAGGACUUCACUAAGACAGUUUUAAAUAUGUAUCCCAAACCCCUUCAUAAAUAUGUAAAUGUAAAUAAUAAAUUACUAAAGAUAUCACUUCAUAAUUCUGCUGUCAAAGAGACAGAUAUGAUGAAUGCAUAACCUCCUUUUAAGUUAUUAAAUGCGCAACCAUAGAACCACCUAGAUGAUAUACUACUUUUGAAAUAUUGAUUUUUAUCAUAUAAAUAUAAUUUCAAUGACAAUUUUAUAGGAUUAUUUAUUUCAUUGAUUUAUGUUGAAUUCAAGUUUACCACAAGUACAUUACAUUAUGUUAUGUACGUAUGCAUAUAACAUAAAGUUGAUUUCCAGUGAAAUGCGGGACAUUCCAUUAUGAACAUGGAGUGGGAUCACUAUAUUACUCUGAACUAAUGAAUUCGCAGAUACUAUGUUUGUAGUCAACUUUGUGAAAGAAAUAUAUUUUUUGAGGACAACAUUAAAUUAAAUAUGAAUUUCAACAGAAAAGUUGUCUGUCAUGUGUUGCACAGCACAAGCAAACAACAGAUCUGAAAGGGGAAAAAAUUGUUAUAGAAAUUACAGAUCAAUUGAGCCAAAGCAGAAGCAGUCAUUGGAAAGAUACGUUCCAAAUCAGUGUCAUUAGUAAUUUGCAGUAGAAACUUCAAUUCAUCAAACUGUACUCCAUUUCAUUAUUCUAUUAUGUUUUUUUAUUUUCAUUUUUAUAAUCGUCAUAUUCUUUGAUGGUAUGAUGUGAUAUAAAGCAUUUUUCUUCAUCACCCUGAUCACAUGACAUGUGGCAAGCACAAUCUCCUCCACUUUUGAGUCUCCUAUGCGUGCAUAAAAUUUGUAAGCCCAGGCUAAAAUUUAAAUUACUCGGUAAAUAUGAAAAAUAAUCACGUUCAGUGCAUGCCAUACCAAAAUUUAAUACGCUCCCAUACGCUUUCCUAUUUCAAACUCUACUUCUAUUUGAACAAACACCCCAGGGCAUUUAUUCUUGAAUGGGGGCUGUUUAUUCGAGGGAGGCGUUUAUUUUUUUUGUGUAAAAUUGAUAUGUACAUACUCAAAUAAAAUGCCCUUUCAUUUCACUGUAAGUGUGGAACUAAAACACAUUAUUACCAGGGGCGGAUCCAGAAAUGUCCAAAAGAGGGGGGGCCGGAAGGGGAGCUGAAAGUUGGGCCGAUUGAGACAACAGUGUCGUAGGAGGUCCGGGGCAUGCCCCCGCAAAUUUUUUUGUGUUCUAGACGCCCGAACUUAACAUUUGAGGCAUUCUGGGCUAUCAUUUUUUUCUUUUUCUCUCUUUGCCGGGCCGGCCCCCACCAACUAAAUCCGCCCCUGAUUACUGUCAAAAAUGUUAUUGCAUAAUCAUGAAGACUUAUUGAUCAAAACAACCAGCUUAGCAAAAAUGUAAUUUUUCAGCAGUACAACAUUAAAAGAAUGUGUUGAGAAUGAUGUUGCUUCCAUUAGACGUUUAGGGGGUGUUUAAUUUAAAUGAGUCUCUAGAGGGGGUGUCUAAUAUUUAAAUAAAUAUAGUAAAUUGUUGACAGUCAGCACUAUCCCAUAGGAAUUACUGUAACAACAAGUCUAAAACAUACUGUAGUAACACCAACAUGCAUUCAUCAUUCACCACAUACCAUGUAUAUACACAAUAGGCAAAUGAGAAGGGAUUUGAACUUUGACCGCAUGGUUGAAUGACUGAAUAACAUACCUGUACUGUAGUAACCCCAACAUGCAUUUCAUCAUUCACCACAUACCAUGUAUAUACACAUUAGGCAAAUGAGAAGGGAUUUGAACGUUGACCGCAUGGUUGAAUGACUGAAUAACAUACUGUAGUAACACUAACAUGCAUUCAUCAUUCACCACAUACCAUGUAUAUACACAUUAGGCAAAUGAGAAGGGAUUUGAACUUUGACCGCAUGGUUAAAUGACUGAAUAACAUACUGUAGUAACACCAACAUGCAUUUCAUCAUUCACCACAUACCAUGUAUAUACACAUUAGGCAAAUGAGAAGGGAUUUGAACUUUGACCGCAUGAUUGAAUGACUGAAUAACAUACUGUAGUAACACCAACAUGCAUUCAUCAUUCACCACACACCAUGUAUAUACACAUUAGGUAAAUGAUAAGGGAUUUGAACUUUGACCGCAUGGUUGAAUGACUGAAUAGCAUACUGUAGUAA